CGACAUCCUAUGCUGUCUGUUACUGUCACUAAGCUGUCACCUGAGUGUCCGUGAAUUUUAGUUUUGUGUUUGAUUUUUGUUAUGAUAGUAUGGUAAAAUUUUGUGUCUGAAUUUCUUGUGUAAUGAGAAAGAGAAAGGAAGGGAACAAGAAUUCAACAGUAUAAUAAGGAGAUUAACAAAAACGAGAGCCAGAAAAUAACAUGAAAGAAAAAUAUUUCUGUUUAUAAAGUUCUUAAAAAGUUCAACAUGUUACUCAGAUCUGAACCCUGGUCUCUACUAUGUAGGGGCCGAAAGAAAAAGAUAGUAACCCUAGUGAUCGUUCUUAUGUUUCUCAUUAAUGCUUUGUUUUAUGUGGCUUUAGUAUUGCACAAUACUGUAAAGAAGAGACUAGAAAACAAAAGCAGGUACUAUGAUAACAAUUCCUAUUUAGAUAAAAAUGGAAUGAAAGUCAUUGUUGGACAUUAUAUUGGUGGAAAUAAUGGUGGUCCAUUGUCUGAUGAUGAAGUUAAUGCAAAUAAUUACGCGCCAGUGGCAGGUGCCGGAGAAGGAGGAAGGCCCGUUCAGAUUUCGCAGCGCGAGUUGAUCACUGCCAAGGAGCUCUUUUCUCUCCACUCCUACAAUAUAGUUGUUGGAGACAAAAUAUCUAUCAAUAGAAGUCUUCCUGACAUGCGGAGUGAAAGCUGUAGAAGUGUGGAAUAUGACAUCAACAACUUGCCUACAGCUACAGUGAUCAUCGUAUUUCACAAUGAGGCGUGGUCCACUCUCAUGAGGACCGUCAUGUCUGUGAUACUCAGGUCACCUGAGCAGUUAAUUAAACAGAUAAUUUUAGUUGACGACGCCAGCGAGAGAGCGUACCUAGGCAAAGAGUUGGAAGAUGCUAUAGCCGACUUUCCCAAAGUGCAUUUGUUGAGAAACUCGAAACGGACCGGGUUGGUCGGUGCUCGGUUGCUGGGCGCAAAAGCCGCUAUCGGAGAUGUAUUGGUGUUUUUAGAUGCGCACUGUGAGGUAACUCCGGGUUGGCUAGAACCGUUACUAGAACGCGCAGGCAGCGACGAUGUCUUCAUAUGUCCACACAUCGACGUCAUCUCUGAUGAUACCUUUACCUACACGAAGAGUAUCGACGCUCACUGGGGCGCCUUCAGCUGGCACCUCCAUUUCCGCUGGCUGUUCCCCAGCAAAGAGGUCAUGAAACAAAAGGAGGAAGACCCCUCGAAGCCAUACCCCACACCGGCCAUGGCAGGCGGUCUUUAUGCUGUUAGAAAGAGUUUGUUUUGGCGCUUGGGGAGUUACGAUGAAGGUAUGGUCAUUUGGGGCUCGGAAAAUCUAGAACUCUCCUGGAGAGCUUGGCAAUGCGGGGCCAGAGUCGAGAUUACCCCAUGUUCUAGGGUGGGUCACUUGUUUAGGAGACGCACCCCGUAUAAAUACCCGGGUGGCGUUGAUCAUGUUUGGAACAGCAAUCUAGCGCGCGCGGUCGUAGUAUGGAUGAACGAGUAUGCAGACUUCAUUUUCAAGUUCAACCCGCAAGUCGCCGCCGUGCGGGAUAAACAGCAAGUGGGGGAACGGAUAGAGUUGAGGAAAAAUUUAAAUUGCAAAAGUUUCAAAUGGUAUUUAGAUAAUGUUUGGCCUCAGCAUUUCUUCCCUUCAGAUGAAAGGUGGUUUGGUAGGAUCAAGAAUGAUAAGGGCGCUUGUUUGGCCGCCUCGUCUUCUACUCCCGGGGUCGGUGGCCCUGCUUCCGGAGUGUCAUGCGCUGGCGACUUGCAACUACAAGGGUUGGUAGUGUUUACACCAGAAGGGAACUUUAUGGUGGACGACGGUAUGUGUUUAGAGAGAGGGAACGGUCGCGUCGUUUGGAAGUCUUGCAAUGGUAACUCUAAACAGGUUUGGGAGCAAAAAGGUCCGAGAAUAAAGAGCGACACUGGGUUAUGUUUGACUAUAAUCGCGAACAAAAGUAGGGAUGGGGUCGAAGACCCUAUCACGUUGAAUAAAUGCUCGCUAAACCGUGGACAAAUAUGGCAUUUCGAACGAGUGCCUUGGCGUUAAUUGUGAUAUAGAAUAAACUUAGCAUAAGUAGCAAUGAAACGACUGCAAUCUCAUAUCCUCAAAUUUUAUUAACAUUUAAUCUUAUUAACAUUAUUGUGCAAAAUCUAAUUAAGAAGUAGAAAGUGCUAAUAAUUAAGCUUGAUAUGAAAAAAAUAGAUGUUUGCCCCCAUAGCAUGACAUGCGCGACGCCAUUUUUGUCGCACGAAAAUUAUCGCUGUUUCGCUUUUUAUUAUAAAGGGUUAGGGAACAGCGAUGUUUUUUCGUGCGACAAUAAAGGCAUCGCGCGUGUCAUGCUACUGGGGCUGAAAAUAACUUUUAAAUACGGUAAACACGUAAUAUGAAAUCGCACUGCAAUAAAAAAUUAACAUUACUAGUAUGUACGAGUAUCUUAACUAACCGACGAUAGUUCAAACUAUAGCAAAGCACUGAUUAAGCUAAGAAGUAACUGUGAUUUAUUUAUAAAUGAAAUAUUGUUAAACCAUUAGUUUGCCAGUAUGACCCGAGCGACCAUACAUACAUGUGAUUUAAUAUAGGUAUAUUUGAAAAGGAUUAAAUGCUUCCUUCUAUUAUCCUUUAAUUUAAGUUACAUUAGGUUUUUUUGGGUA